GCAAUUCUUGCCAUAAUUUUAAUGUCCAGAAUACUAUACAGAAAUACUAAUGCUAGAAAAGAAUUUGAUAAUUAUUAUCACGAUGUAGGAGACGAAAUAACAGAAACCUGUUCAAAACUUGUCCUUGACAGGAUAGGAAAUAUAGUUGGUGAAAAUAUUUAUAAUCAAAAUACAAUACAAAUUAUAACUAUCGCAGUUAUCAAUUAUCUGUGCGCGCUUGUUGAAAUAGUUCAGAUUGUUGAAAUUGAUAGAUGGACAACUCAAGCAGGGGAAUGUCUAAAAGGGUUCAAAACUGAUAAAAAUAUUGAAUCUUACGAGGUACCAUUGAUAAUAAUACUAUUAAUAUGUGCAACUUUACAAGUUUUUUUCACGUGGAGAUUAUAUGGUCAAUUUGGCUGGAAUAUUUAUAAAAAAAUUGGCGCUGACCUUAGAAUGCAAAGACUUUAUCGAACAAUGUUAAUUUUCGUCAUGUUUUUAAAGAUCGAUCUUUUCUUUAUGAGUUAUGUGGCUAUUGAAGCCUGUACAGUAGCAGCUCCCAACCGUUUAACCGAUAUGGGAUUAUAUUACUUUCACGUCUGUAUAACAAUUAUAAUUGUUUUAUUGCAAAUACUUGCUUAUCGUUCGUUACGUAGUGAGUCUUCUUUAGGAAUGAAAAUCUUUAUUGGAGCUUGGAUAGUAUGUAUUGCCGACUUUAUAAUAUUACUUAAAUUUUCAAUUAAGCCUUCUAGCGAUGAAAGUUGGUACUUUUUCACCGCCGUUAUUGUUGUUGGGCUUGUAAUGGGUUUGGUAACGCUAUUAUGGGCAAUAUUUGUACUAAGAAAUUUUGGUAAAGGCUUAAAACCACAUCUUUCUAGACAAUGUAGUUUACCUAUUCAACGACCACCCGACAACAUUGAAAGCUCAUCAGACCCUGCUGCACUUCGCCCAGGACAUGGACGUUGGGCAAUCGAUGAUUAA